GCAGGAAGCAGGGCUACUGACACUACUCUGACUUGUGAACGAUCUAAGAGGAGCAAACGAAAACCACCAGGUUGGACAUUUAUCAAAUAAAUAUUGUAAAAAUGACAAUUGGUUAGGUUACUCUUCAUUAUUUAUGUAAAAUUGCUUUAAACAGCGCUCAGCAGUCAGCUUUGUCGUUUAAAAACAAAAGAACACUCCGGCGGUGUAUGACGUCACCUGAUGUUUCCCAGCAUGCACUGCGGCUCAAAGUGUAUCUUUUUAAAAUAAAAUCCUUUUACAGUUAUAUUUUUUUUUCUUCGUACUUUAUUUACAAGUAACAUAUAGUAUAUCAUUCAAAUUUGAGAAGAAAAGAAAAAAAAUUGGAAUCAAAACCAUUAGCUUGGAAGUAGGGUGUUUCACCCCACUAUAAAAGCCGAUCAGCGACCAGCGGUCUAUUGGGAUUGGUCAGUCUUAUAUGCGGGAAAAGAAUUAGCCUCUACAGUUGGUAGUUGGGAUGCGAAGGAGGUUGGAGGAUGUAACUGUAGGGAGCCGUAGGCUCUCUGGGGUCGCCACGGCCAUGGAAGGUACUUGUAAUACGUGGGAGGCUUUGUCGUAGUUAUAAGGUAAGUACAAACAUCAUAGAAGUAGGAUCGUGACGCAAUCAUAACGUAAUUACGUAAUAGGGAAACAUAUAGUCUAAUGCUAAUAAACCCCCUCGUCCAUGUUGGGUAGCCUCUCCGCCUAAGGUAAUACAGACCCCUAAGUUGAGCCCUCGCUGCGGACUGACCAAUUCUUUUAAACAACCUAUAUUCUAGUUGUAAUACUGUAGUACCUGCAUCAAACUAAUACACUGUUUUUCGACCUUUUUUGAGCCAAGCUAGAUUUUCUUCUUUUUUUCUUCCUUGACAAAAAUUCUGCGGCACAAAUAUGUAAAACAGGAGAAACUUUACUGAGUUACAGAUGUAUUGAGCCACAAUCUCGUGACAAUUUUUCUGGCAGAAAAGCUGGAAGUUGCAGCUGUUUUUCCUUAAUGCUGUAAAGAAAAAGUCGUGGUAGUUUUAAAUAAUAAUUUUCAACUAAAUUAGUUGAAAUUUUGCUCAAGUAGUUGUUUUUCCCUUUAUUGAUUUAUUAAUGAAUUUAUUGGCAUGCAAUUUUAUGUGACCUCACAUAAAACAAUAAUAGAUUCUUUCCAAAGAGUGGUUUAUUUUUUUAUAUAUUUCUUAAAAUUUUUGUGCCAGAGCAAGUGUCAUUUUUGAAAUAUAUGAUCACAAUUAUGUUUAAUUGUAACAACACCAAAAGUGAACAUUUUGAAGUUUCAUCAUUUUUUUUAUUUAACAAAAAUGCUUUCUUUAUUUUUGGGUGAAUAAAUCGUUUCAUUUUAGUAGCAUAGUGCAGAAGUGCAGUCACUUAAACUAAAUGCAUUAUGGGAGAUGAGGUCCAAAAACUGAUGGUGGACAGACUCACAUCUUGAUGUUAAAUGUUAUUAGUGUUUUGCUUUAAUAAAUGGGCCUCAGUGAGCAAAUAUCUUGAGUGUGUAUACAUCUACUAAUACCUUUUGAAAUACUUUACACGUUUUAUUAAAUAUACAUAUUAAAGCUUUAAAAAAUACUUGCAGGGUUUUAUUUAGCUUUCUGUAGUUGGUUCAGAUUGCCUCAUUUGAUUUAAGUCUUAUGCUAGAAACAAAUUAAGGAGAAAACCGGCAUGAUUCACUAAAGGCUUAAUAAACUAUUGUCUUUAUUUUUAGUAAGCACAUAGCUUAAACACUUCAAGUUUAAAGCUAAUUAUGGUUAAGAUGUCUGUUUUACAUACAUCCAGUCGCCGCAUGAACCGAUAAGUCGACUAAUGGAAAAAAAUAAUCGGAGAUUAGUCGGCUAUUGAAAUAAUCGCUUGUGGCAACCCUAAUGCUAAAUUGGUCAUUUGGUCCAAUUUCAUAUUAACCAGUGGAGAGCUAAAGUCCCACUUCACUGUUUACAAAAAUACAAUCUAUUUUUAAGAUAUUUACAAUUAUUGAAUUAUUAUAGAGUUAUAUUUUUCUGUAUAAAACAAGUUUAAUUUUACUUUAAAUGACAGGAAAAGUAAGUUCUUUUUAAAAAUAAAAUACAUCCGGUAUUAAAUGAGGUUCUCCUGUUGCAGAUUUACUUGAAUUAAAAAUGAAGGUAAGUCAUGUCAAAUAAUUUUCUAUGAUAUUAAUUUUGGUACACUGUUGUCCUUUUUCUCCUUAUAAUGACUACAAGCAUGACAACAUUGGUGUAGAAUUUGAUUAAAGUGUGUAUAACUUAAGCACUUUGUAACUGUUGUGCUGCAAACAUAUUUGCAGCAUUUUCAGCACUGUUUUGCUCUAUUUUGCAGCACUUUUCUAAUGAUGAAUAUUCUGACAGUAAAUUAAUCAUUUUACCAUCGUUAUGCUCAGUUAUGUGACAAGAUUAAACUCAUUAGGAGUGGGCAAGCCCACAAGAACUCUGAAUUUUAGUAUAAUGUCAACACUAGAUAAAGAAAGAAGACAUUUUACUACAGCUGGAUAACCGUUGGAUUAAAAAUCUUUAAAAAAAAAAUGUCUUAAAGACAAAAAGCCACUCCAAAUGGUGUCACACGGGGUUAUUUUUAUUUUAAGGGCGGAAACUAAAAUUGUCCGACAUUCCUUGAACGCAACCAGUAAGGGGGGGGGGGGCGCUUUGAAACUGUUCUUAAAGUUUGUAACACACACUUUCAAUGUUUUGUUCUGAAUUGUGUUUACAUUUGUGAAGUAUUUCCUCAAAGUUUGUAACUUUACCCGAAAUCUUCCACGGAAGAAAACGUCGUUAAGUGGUGCUGCUAGCCACCAUGCUAAUGCUAACAUGGUGUGUUUGCGGUCCCGCCUGAAAUCUGAGCUCCCAGCAGGUGUUUCGCCUCGCGGAUGAGAACCUCCCAACGGUGCAGAUGUGCGGGUGUGUUUGAGGGCGUCCGGACUCCGAAGGCGGAGAGCAGCACCUCCUCCCCGCUGUCGGUGAAAGUUUCGGGGGCUCUUUAAGAGGAGACGGGCUGGAUCUGCUGAUCUGUCAGCCGGCGCAGUGCCGCCCCGCUCGCGCAUCCUGCCGCAACUCCGCGGCGCCGAUGAUGGGAAUAGAACUCGUCCCGGCUCCGUCGCCAUGUCGGUCUAACGCGCAGGUGUAGAGGCUAUCGGGACACCGGCGCGGUCAUCUCCUCAUCACGUCAUACACGUUGGAUGUGUUGACUCUGCACUAAUGACUUUUGCCGCCCCGGCGGGGAUGGGAAGCGUCUCCAGCGGCACCGCUCUGUUCGCCGGGUGGUUCGGUUCCGCCGGGUAGAGGAAGCAUCACUUUGAUCAAAGCUCGGCAUGUCAUCGGUGGUGGUGUCCGGGCGGAGUGAGCUGAGCCUGGGGGAGCUGCCCAUGGAGAGCUGGAUGUCGCACCUGCCAUGCGCUCUGUGGGACAUCCCGCUGUACCACCUGGCCAUCCCGGGCAGCCACAAUGCCAUAACCUACUGUCUGGACAUGAAUGACAGAUCACCUGUGGACCCAAUGCAGCCAGACAUGCUGCAGAAACUGGACAAAUACAUGAAGCCUCUCAUUCGCCCCUUCGUGUACAAGUGGGCUAUCACACAGGAGUACACCAUAAAGCAGCAGCUGGACUGCGGGGUCCGAUACUGUGACCUGAGGAUCGCACACAGGCCCAACGACAGCUCCACCGAUCUGUACUUCUACCACGGCGUUUACACCACGCUCACCGUGGAGACCGUCCUGAUGGAGAUAAACGAGUGGCUGGACGCACAUCCUAAAGAAGUGGUGAUCCUGUCGUUCAGUCACUUCCUCGGCCUGAGCCAGGAGCUCCACAUGCUGCUGAUCACAACCAUUCGCAACGUUUUCUCUGCCAAACUCUGCCCCAAAGUGGAGGACUUAACUCUUCGAAAGUUGUGGACUUUGGGUUACCAAGUGAUCGUGUCGUACGAACACAACAUAGUCAGCUCUCACAGCGACCUGUGGCCUCACAUUCCAUACUGGUGGGCCAACAAAUGCAAAGCAGAGGCUCUCAUCGAGGAGUUCGAGCGCAGGAAACCACACGGAAGACCAGGAGGUUUCUUUGUCACAGGAAUCAAUCUGACAGAGGAUCUGAAGUACAUCUGUACCCACCCCACAGAGUCUCUGAAGGACCUGGUGCUGUCCACGUACCCCACCCUGCUCAGCUGGGUCAGAGAACAGACCCCCGGCUUCAGAGUCGGCUCCCUCAACAUCAUCGCCGGGGACUUCAUCACCGAGAGCCACUUUGUGCCAACUGUCGUCUCGCUCAAUGAGAAACUCCUAAAAUGGCCCUUAUGACCUCUGGCCGGCGGGGCGGGCGCCAUUGUUCAAAUAGCAGCGUGAAAGUCUUUUUAACCCUUUAAUCCUUAAAGGUAAAAUCUUAAAUAUGCUGUAAGUUUUCAAUCGCCAUCAUGAUCAAUGUCAUUCCAGUAGAUUUUGAAGGAG